UUGGCUAUGCCGUCCCUUCGGUCCCCCCUCCCCCUGACCCUGCUGCAGCUCGUCGUACUUACGUGUGUAAGUGAUGGGAAGUACUAUGGACACAAUCAACACCCUCAAGCAUACCAGCAGCAGAUGCAAAUGCAGCACCUCCAACACAUGGGCAAUGAAGGCUACCCCCAGCAACAGUACAUCGGCGAAGAUGUGCCCUAUAUGCACUAUUCCCACUAUCGAAAGGAACUCCCACAGGUGCCCGUGGUGAAGGGCAAAGAGAAGGCUCGCAAAGGAGGUGGCUAUAAUGGAGGACAAGACAAAGGUCAGACAAUCCCAAGUGGUGCGGAGGGAAUUCCCCAAGGAGAACCUGGACUAGUUGGGCCACCUGGGCCUGAAGGACCUAUGGGUCCUCCUGGACCUCCAGGCAAUGGCCAACAAGGGCCAGCAGGGCUACCUGGACCUCCCGGUCAACCAGGGGUGCCUGGGAUGGGAAAACAAGGGUUGUCAGGACCACCAGGCAGACCAGGAGGAAUCGGUCAGCUCGGGCCACAAGGAGAAAUGGGCCCUAGGGGUGGACCGGGUCAGCCCGGACAACCAGGACGUCAGGGUCCACCAGGACCACCUGGGCUAGCUGGAAUAGGUAAACCAGGUGUCCAAGGACUGCCGGGCCAACCAGGGAUGAAAGGAGAGCCGGGUCACAAAGGACUGCCAGGACUUCCUGGAUUACAAGGACCCAAAGGCGAUAAGGGACUGGGACAGCCAGGGCUACCAGGUCACAAAGGUCUUCCAGGACCCCAAGGCCCUGUUGGACCAAGAGGACUGCCUGGUUUUGGAAAACCAGGUUUGAAUGGGAUGCCAGGCCCACAAGGACCUCCGGGAGAGAAGGGACAUCCAGGUCUAAAAGGACUAGGUGGGCCACCAGGUGAAGCAGGACUACCGGGCCCGCCAGGUCUGCCCGGGCAAGGAAAACCAGGUCAAAAUGGUCUGCCAGGGCAGCCAGGCAUGCAGGGUGGUAAAGGUCAUCCAGGACCACCUGGUUUGCCAGGAAAGCCAGGACUACCUGGUUUUGGUAAACCAGGCCUCCAAGGACCAAAGGGUGAUAAAGGUAUGAAUGGGCCACCUGGCCCCAUAGGACCAAAAGGAGAUAAAGGCCACGCAGGAUUACCUGGUAUGACCGGACCUGCUGGACCAAAUGGUCAACCGGGCCCACCAGGACCCAAGGGGCCAUCAGGGGGUGUAGGCUUACCAGGUCCAAGAGGAGAAUGUGGAGAAGGAGGACCUAAAGGGAUUGAUGGAAUUCGGGGUGACUCCGGUACACCUGGAUUACCUGGUACUGAUGGUUUGCCUGGAGAACGUGGAAGUCCAGGGCCGAAAGGUCCACAAGGACCAAGUGGUGCCAAAGGAGACAAUGGACAUAAAGGCCUUCCCGGUCCGCCAGGUCUGGCAGCACUUCCUGGGCCCAAAGGAGAAGGGGGAUUUCCUGGUGCAAUGGGACCUCAAGGUCCUAAAGGAAUCCCCGGUAUGGAUGGUGUAGCGGGCCCAAUCGGAUCACCUGGACUUCAAGGGCCAAAAGGAGAUUUCGGCCUUCCUGGUCCGCCAGGCAUCGCAGGUGAAGGCAUUCCAGGUCAUCCCGGUCCUAUCGGACCUCGGGGGAAAGAAGGCCCGUCGGGACCCCAAGGACAGAGCGGACCACCUGGCCUUCCUGGACCCCCUGGCCCACCAGGUCUGUCUCCGGACUUGGCUGGCGUGCUCUCUCAUAUGGGCCCUGGACUGGAUGGUGAGAAGGCUGGUGGCUACGGUAAAAAGGGCAAAUAUGGAGGAAAUGGAGCAGAAGUCAUGGGAGUCAGCGGGCUGGAAAUGCCAGCAUUCACAGCUAUAGCGUCGACUCCAUUCCCACCCGUGGGCACUCCGGUGGUGUUUGAGAAGCCUUUGUACAACGGUCGCCAAAACUACAACCCCGAAACGGGAAUUUUCACCUGCGAAGUCCCUGGCAUAUAUUACUUUGCCUACCACGUCCAUUGCAAAGGAGCCAAUGUGUGGGUGGCCCUGAUGAAGAACAAUGAGCCGCUGAUGUACACGUACGACGAAUACAAGAAGGGGUACUUAGAUCAAGCAUCGGGAAGUGCAGUCUUACCUUUACAACCGGGGGACACUGUGUACAUUCAGCUGCCCUCAGACCAGGCCGCAGGACUUUAUGCUGGGGAGUACGUGCACUCGUCUUUCUCUGGAUUUCUACUGUAUCCGUUGUAAGUGAAAAGUGAAGUGUUGCCAAAAAAAGUGGACUUUUCAGUGGAAAUCUGUUAACGUCAUCAAUGCAGAAGAGAAGUCAGUUUGGUUAUCACAAGGAAGUAGGAUGGUCUGUAUAUAAAACCCAUUUUACACCACAGAGCCAUGAGUCCAUGUGCAAUUUUAUAGCUAUAAAGGUAUAGAAUAACCUAUGAAAAGGUAUUCACACAAGACCUGAAUGACUUGUCGUACUGUAUGUCCUCAAAUUGUGGCCGAUUUGAAUAGACGCCGUGUCUCAAUUAGUUGUCAGGUGCGUCGCCAAUUUGAAGUUCGCCAAAACAGCAGCACCAACAGAGGGACGUCAAACAGUCUCUCGGGUAAAAGUGCCACAGUCUUGCUUGUUGUAAACAACUAUUCACGAGGAGCUUCCGGUAUGUGGAAAAAAAGAUGAACAUUCCAGUAGCGCUGACAUUUCGCUCCACAAUGUCGAGUGCGUCCAUGUGUACAUCCCCGGGAGCGAUGCGCCAUAUUUUAUCCACCCAGUCGGUUUGAUUUCUUUCUGCAUUUUCUUCAUUACGACAAAAAGGAUAUACAUUUAUGAAUACAUCGUUUGAUAUUUUUGUUCUAGAAAUUGCAUUUGUGCAAAUAAUAGACGACAUCUCCGCCCAUCUGCAGUCGAGUAGCCAAACGCUCCCGGCCACAAGAUGAAGAAAAAAAGGCUAGUUUUGAUAUAAUUUCAGCAAGCCAAGUGAAUGCAGUUUGUUUGUAAAUGACAAUGUGAGGGCAUGAAGGGAAAUUAUAAAAUAUGUAAUAGAAGAAAAAACUUGUUGCAAUAGGUUGUUUAACAAAAAAGAAGAAGAAAAGUGGCAGCUUCUCCAUGUGGCAAAGAAUGUAAAGUUCAGGAAAAAACAUGAAUAUAAUUUGAUAUUUUAUUUUUUUCCCCCUUCAUCCAUUCCUACAUGGGUAAAUACCGCCGUUGCCUUCAUCAAUCAUGGCAAUACAGAUCAGAGAUUUAUGUUGGUCAAGAUUCAAAAAAAAUAAAAAUAAAAAAAAAAUAAUAAUAAACUACA